GUCUUCUCCACCUCUUUUAUUCACCCCUCCCUUUCACUUCCCCUUCACCUCCCAAUCCCAAAUCAAUAACAAACAAACCAAACACGACAUAAACGCAAACGCAGAUGCUAACUCCGACGACCGGAGUGCCGAAGCUCCGGCCGCGAUCCGGCCGGACGCCGCUUCAGCUUAAGAACUCUCCGGCCGAUCCCAUCCAGCCUUCCGCGAAGCUCAAGUCGAAGCCAUAUUUUGAGAUUUCGUUGAUCGAUAAAGAGAAUAAUCCGAUCGCCGCCGUUGCGGUUCCGCCGGCUGUGCCGCCGGAGACGUCGCUGGCGGAGGAGCUCAGCGCGGUCAAGAAGAAGCUGGAGAGGAUGAGGGCGGACAAGGAGAGAACGGAGAAAAUACUGAACGAGAAACACGCGCUGCUGGACGCGUGGAUGAAGGAGAUGGAAGAGCGAGGGGAGAUUCAGAAGAACUUCGAGAUAGAGGUUGACCGGUUGUUCCGGUUGAAGGAACUCAAGUAUCGCUGCAUGAGAGUUUCUCCGAUGAGAACGCUUAGGGAGAAGGAACAAGGAAAGAUCGUGAACGAAGCGCCAUCGCAAUCAUCGGAGGUGAAAACAGAGGAAACAAUGGCAUCGGAAUCGGAAUCGGAAUCGGAAUCUGAAUCUGUUGGAGGUGAAUGCCAAGUUCUGCAGAGUCCUGGUUCAGCUUGUUCACAAACUCAUACUACACACACAAAAUCCGAUAGUUGAGACAGAGUUUCUUUAUGGAAUUUUUCAAUACAUAAUUGCUCGUUAUGUUUUUUUUUCCUCUUCAAUUUAUGUGAAUUUCACAUUGCUAUUUGUACUUCUUUUUCAUUAUUAUCAUUACUUUUUAAGAAAGAAAAUGGCUCAAUUUAUAUGGCUGAUAAUCGAUAAA